CAAACCUUCCAAAAUGGCGGACGAGGAUAUGGGAGAUUAUGAUGACGACUUGGACGAAGUCGAAGAAGAAGAACCUCUUGAGGAUGUAGACGAACUUGAACCUACAGAUGAGACAGGAAACAUUGAUAUUCUACCAGCUCAAGAUGAAAACUUAGAACCAGCCAAAAGAAUAACCACACCAUACAUGACAAAGUAUGAGAGAGCAAGAGUACUGGGGACAAGAGCACUCCAAAUAAGUAUGGGAGCUCCAGUUAUGGUGGAGCUGGAAGGUGAAACAGACCCACUACAAAUAGCUUUAAAAGAGUUAAAAGCAAGAAAAAUCCCUAUCAUAAUCAGACGCUAUCUUCCUGAYGGCAGUCAUGAGGACUGGGGAAUCGACGAGCUGAUUGUAACAUGACACUUGUCAUUUUUAGCUUAAGCACAUUGUAACACUUUUCAUCAAGCUGUUUUGGAUUWCCUGUGUUGAGAUGAAAACUAUUACCAMUCUUCCUCUUUUGMAACAACAMAGGRAYACCAAAGGCAGACCAUACAUCUCUAAGGACAACAGUACAAACUGUCUGCUUAAAUGUAUAUAUGCUACUAUUUAGGAAUAAAUUUAGUAUGUUAAGACUA